AUGAGCCUACAGAAGCUGCCCUUUGACGUCCUUCAUCAGAUCUGGCAAUUAGUCUCGCCCUACGACUUCGAAGCGUGCGCCAAAACAUGCAAGUUCCUCUACACCACCGCGAAGCCGCUGCUGCCACGGCAUAAUGCGCUCCGCAAACAGUAUCGCAGCUUUCGUCUGCCAGAGAGGAACGGCUUAACCGGAAAUACCUCCCUUGAGCCCUACACACUUCCGCAGCUGCUGUGCGACAUCGCGGUAGACCCCAUCAUCGCCGAGUACAUUCUUCACCUAGACUUGGAGAACAGAGAAUCGCUCAAUCUCGUCUACGAGGAAGAGAGUGACUGGGAAGCAGUCGUUCGCGCCAAACUGGAGGCACACUCGGACGCGCUUUUGCAGCUGAUGUGCAAGUCACCGUACUUUGCACAGCUGAACAUCCCGGAGAGCAAGAUCAAGGACUGGUUCAAUUGCAUACUCAUGGAGUCGGCCGAUUUCGAGGAUGGGCAGUCUAUAGACUUUGCAGCGGCCUUUUUGUUGUCGUUGCUGCCCAAUUUAGAGUCAUUGGCACUGUCGCGCGACUGGCUGGCGGUGACAGUCAGGCCAGACCCCGAUGGCGAGGAUGUUUAUUACAGCGAGGAGGAAGACGAGGAUGAGGACGAGGACGAGAUCAAUGCGGUGUUACUUGCCAAAAAGACAGCACCCCUGGUUCGAAAGUUUAUACAUUACAUGGUAGAACAGGCCAAUAGGGAGGAUUUGACUGGGCAGCCAUUGUCUAAGCUGCAUACAUUGCGUCCCAUACGCGGUGUGGACACGCAGUUUGGAGAUAACCUUGUAUCCAUCUUCCCGUUCUUAACGCUCAAGUCACUGCGCAGGGUAUUUCACGACUUUGGCACUCUUGACGUGAGCGACUUUCCAUCAGCGGAAAAUAACGUUGAUUCGUCAGAGGAUAGUGAAGAGGACAAUGAGAACGACAGUGACGAGGAAAGCGAGGAAGAGGGCGAUGACGAUGAUGAGGCUUCAAAUGAGGAGGACGAUGAUGGAGCAUCAGAGAAUGAGCAAGAAGCCGACUCUGAAGACGAAGCUCAGGAGGACGACGAGGACGAGGAAGAUGACAACGUUGAUGAUGAAUGGCGCAGCGCAGAGAAUGGCCCUCGGCAAUAUGAUGCUCUUGGUGCAACCGUCGAACUCAUGGCACUAGACCACUGCAUCAUCAGCCCUGGCGCCUGCCAGCCAUUCUUCUCCAACAUGGAGCGUCUGACUGUGCUGCAGUACCGGCACCACACCAUGGAAUCCUUCGGCCAGGAAUGGGACGCCGACGAGUUCCUGCAGGCACUCGCGUCUACUCCCGCUGCACCAUCGCUCGAGAAGCUAGCUAUACUAGCGGGCAUGGUCUGGGACGACGGUUCCCCCAUCCGUUCGCCGCUGCAUGGCUUCCAAUCGCUGCAGCACCUGGAGGUAGACGGUGUGUUUUUCGGACAUAAUCCGGACUGGGAGGAAGCGGCGCCGGCGCUGCAUUCCUUGCUACCACCGUCAUUGCGGGUGUUUGUGCUGCACAUUUCUACUGAGAAUUACGAGUGCGUGGAGGACUUAUUUAGUGCGUUCAAGGACGAGCGAGAGAAGUGCUUCCCGCUGUUAGAGCGUGUUGAGCUGCGUGUUCGACAUGUUGAUUUCAUGGGCUGCCCUGUUGAAGAGCAUGAAGAGCGCCUCGCAAAGCUGAAGUCGAUUGCGGAUGUUCAUGGGUUGACCGUGACCGUUGUAAGCGAGGAGGAACACUCUUCGCAUUCAAUGUGA